UCCUCCAUCUCCCUCGUAGCUGCACGCUUUUGCACUGCGCUCGACAGAGAAGCUCGACACUCGAACCACCUCGCGCAGAGCUAUAUCAGCAGAGCUAUCAUCAUGUCGUACGCGGACGUUGCUGCGAAGGGACCGAAACAGACUGCCGAAGAGGCUCGCGCCCCCGCCCAACCCCAAGUCGAGCGCACCGAUGACAGCGUGCACUCCCUCAUCGACGUCGACUCGCCGCACAUCUCGUCCGUCCCGUCGGACUACGACCAGCAAUCGAUAAAAACCGACACGCAGGCCGAGCGCAUCGAGAUGGAGGAGCAGGCCAAGCAGGCGGCCGCGGAGGCCAGGGCCAAGAAAGACAAGGCGAAGGAGAAGGCGCGUCGCGGCGCUGGCUACGCCCAGCAGAACGCGGAUAACCCCGUGCUUAUUGGGAAUGCGCUGACGGUGGGCAUCUUGGGCACCGUGCUGGGUGUGGGUGCGUAUCGCAAGUGGACGAGGGAUGAGCUGAGCUGGAAGGUCGUGGGUGCGUGGGCGGGCGUGGUGGGCUUGUUCGGCGUCGCGGAUUAUUAUGUGUCGCAAUACUUCUUCAAGAAGUACCCGCCGAAGAAGUAGAUGGUCCCGGUAUCCUCUCUGUCUCUCGACUCGGUUCAACGGCAACUUCAGGAUAGAUUCUCCAGCUCUUCCUAACUCUAGUUUGCUUACCAUUUCUUUAGCCCCCCUCUCCGAUAGUAGGACUAUGGCAAGCACACGUCUCUCAGCU